CAACACAAAUAUAGAUCAUUUACAGGGCUUUGGCGGUUAGUGUAAACCUCACUUAUUUGCUUCCUCAAAGUUCAAAAUUCAAAUGGCGACGGAGCAAACCAAAUUCAGCGUGUUGUGCAGCCUCUUCACGUGGACGCAGCGGAGCAAGUCGGCGGCGAAGAAGCGCUCCAAGUUCCGCAAGUUCCUCGACGUCUUCUGCAUUGACCGCAACUUCUUCCCUGCCAUUCGCCUCAUUCUCCCCAACCUCGAUCGCGAGCGUGGCUCCUACGGCCUCAAGGAGUCCGUUCUCGCCACCUCUCUCAUCGACGCCCUCGGCAUCUCCCGUGACUCCCCCGAUGCCCUCCGACUCAUCAACUGGCGUAAGGGUGGCGCCGCCACCGGCGCUACAGCCGGAAAUUUCGCCCUCGUCGCCGCCGAGGUGCUUCACAGCAGGCAAGGGACCGCUUCGGGAGGGUUGACGAUAAAGGAGUUGAAUGAGUUGCUUGACCGGUUGGCUUCCGGUGAAAACAGGGCUGAGAAAAUUUUGGUUCUUUCUACCCUUAUCCAAAAGACAAAUGCACAGGAAAUGAAGUGGAUUAUCAUGAUAAUCCUGAAAGAUCUAAAGCUGGGAAUUAGUGAAAAAAGCAUUUUUCAUGAGUUCCAUCCUGAUGCAGAAGACUUGUUUAACGUUACCUGUGACUUAAAAUUAGUAUGUGAAAAGCUAAGGGAUCGGAAUCAGCGGCAUAAGCGGCAGGAUAUUGAAGUUGGGAAAGCUGUGCGCCCCCAAUUAGCUAAGAGAGUUGCUAAUGCAACUGAAGCAUGGAAGAAGCUUCAUGGGAAGGAAGUGGUUGUUGAAUGCAAAUUUGAUGGCGACCGAAUUCAAAUUCAUAAAAAUGGAACUGAGAUACAUUUUUUCUCAAGGAACUUUAUUGAUCAUUCUGAAUAUGCACAUGCAAUGUCAGAAAUCAUAAUGCAAAAUAUUCUUGUAGAUAGGUGUAUCCUUGAUGGUGAAAUGUUGGUGUGGGACACAUCCUUAAAACGCUUUGCUGAGUUUGGCUCAAAUCAGGAAAUAGCCAAGGCAGCAAGAGAUGGACUUGAUAGUGACAGACAGUUAUGCUAUGUUGCGUUUGAUAUCCUUUAUUUCGGAGAUACUAGUGUGAUUCACCAAUCUUUGAAGGAAAGACAUGAGAUAUUAUGUAAAGUUGUUAGGCCAAUGAAGGGACGAUUGGAAAUUUUGGUACCUAAUGCUGGUAUCAACAGUCAUCUUACUUCAGGUGAACCUUGUUGGUCAUUUAUUGCUCAUAAUGUUGAUGAAGUUGAGAGGUUUUUCAAGGAAACCAUUGAAAAUAGAGAUGAGGGAAUUGUUUUAAAGGACCGCAGCUCUAAAUGGGAACCUAGUGAUCGUAGUGGGAAGUGGUUAAAAUUGAAGCCUGAAUACAUUCAAGCUGGCUCUGAUUUGGAUGUACUUAUCAUAGGUGGCUACUAUGGUUCUGGACGACGUGGAGGACAGGUUGCUCAAUUCUUGGUUGGCCUUGCAGAACGUCCAUCUCCAAAUGCACAACCUAAGCGGUUUAUAUCCUUUUGCAGAGUUGGCACUGGACUCUCUGAUGAGGAGCUUGACGUUGUAGUAACCAAACUAAAACCGUACUUCAGAAAGUAUGAAUAUCCAAAGAAGAGGCCACCAAGUUUUUAUCAAGUAACUAAUCAUUCAAAAGAAAGACCUGAUGUGUGGGUUGAUAGCCCUGAGAAAUCAAUUAUUCUGUCUAUUACCAGUGAUAUCCGAACUAUAGAAUCUGAGGUAUUUGCUGCACCUUACAGCCUGAGAUUUCCUAGGAUUGACAGGGUGAGAUAUGACAAAGCUUGGAACGAAUGCCUUGACGUUCAAUCUUUUAUAGAACUAGUGCAUUCUAGCAAUGGUACCACACAGAGGGAUACAGAAUAUGGCAGCAAACAGGACAGUAAACCAAAAAGAACGAAAUCCUCCACUAGGGGAGAAAAGAGAAACAUGUCCAUUGUUCCUUCUCAUUUAAUUCAAACUGAUAUUUCCAGCGUUAAGGGGGGCUCCUUAAUAUUUUCAAAUAUGAUGUUCUACUUUGCUAAUGUGCCUCCAUCGCAUUCUCUUGAGUCCUUGCACAAAAUAAUUGCUGAGAGUGGGGGAACUUUUUCAAUGAAUUUGAACAACUCAGUCACACAUUGUGUUGCCGCAGGCAGCAAGGGCUUUAAAUUUGAAGCAGCAAAGCGUCAUGGUGAUAUUAUUCAUUAUUCUUGGGUACUAGACUGUUAUGAACAAAAAAAGCUUGUCUGCUUACAGCCUAAGUACUUCCUUUUCCUAUCUGAACUGACAAAGAAGAAGUUCCGAGAAGAAAUUGAUGAGUUCUCAGAUUCUUUCUACUUGGACCUAGAUCUUGAAGACAUCAAGCAGCUCUUGAGCAAUAUUAGUAAGUCUGAAGAUGUCAGCACUGUCGAUCAUUACAGGAAAAAAUACUGCCCAAAGGAUAAGUGGUCUUUCUUUUGUGGAUGUUCAAUUUAUUUCCACACUGCAAUACCUAUGAAAGGAGAUUGGCAUUAUAUAUUACAAGUUGCUUUGAGGAGAUUCAAGCUUGAAGUUCUCAUGGGUGGUGGAAAAGUUACCUCUAAUCUUACUUGUGCAACCCAUUUAGUGGCCUUUCUUGUGCCAGGAUGUCGAACUGAAUUUGAACAAAUACUGAGUAGUUUCACUUCAGUGGAAAGAAAAAUUCUCCAAAGCAAGAGGUUGUAUAUAGUUAAUUCCCAGUGGCUGGAAGAUUGUUCAGACAGUAAUAAAAGAUUACCAGAAGACUCUUACAGUUUGAAGCCCUGGGGAAUAGAAGAGACAACUGCUGCAGAUUGUGAACAGGACUUGGCGUUAGAGGCUCAUCUGUGUGGAGAUAAUACACAAGACCAAAAUACAUCUUUCUCUGACAAGGGAAAUCGUCAAAGAAGUGAAAAAGUUGCAUGCGAAGACAGUACGGCCUUCUUAUCCCAAGAGAAGGGUAUCAAAAGGAAAAGAGGAAGACCUGUUGGCAGUGGUAUAAAAAAUGUAAAACCAGCUGCCAAACAAACUCGAAGAGCACGACCACAAAAUGUGAGAAAGCCUGCUAAAAUAUGUGAAUAUGAAUCACCGGAUGAAAGUGAGUCUCGUGACAAGAGACCAUUUGAAAGUCUCGACUUUUAUGAGAAACAUUCAGAACCCCAGGAGAAUGAGGAACAGAAAAAUGUCGAAGUUGCUGGGACAGUGGAAAGUUCUGAACAAAAUAAAGUUGACAACAAGCUUAAGGACUUGAAGGACAAUGAUCAUGAAAUAGAAAUGACUGAUAGGUACAAUGACCACAACAAUGAGGUGGUAGAGAAAUUAGACUUUUCUGCUGACCCCCUUCAGGCGAUGUUAUUUGACAUGAUUCCUAGUCUUGGCACCCAAAAAGUUGAGCAACCUGUGAAUCCUAGUGUUAGAGAAGAGAAGGUAGCAGAAACCUCCAAUGCAGAAACAGUGCCUACAACUACAAAGAAAAAUAAGGUUAGCUUCUUGGAUGCUGCCAAUGAGCUGCUGAAGGACUGGUAGAGCAUCAUCUUACAAAUGUCUUACGUAAGGUUUCAUUGUCUUAGUUUGUAAAUUUGAUAUUUGGAUUUUAUGGUACUAAUUUAUGGAAGAAUAGCAAUGCUAAUAUUCCUAA